AUGCCGCGCCACGCGUGCUUCUUCGGGAAAUACCUCAGGCUGAAAGGCGAGGCUAUCCGCAAGGGGUUCAAGAAGAACCAGAUCAUACACCCGAUCCCCGUCAAGGCCUACGGACGGGUCCCAUCGGCAGCAUCGCAGACAGGCCUCUACCACGAUGAGGACUUCAACUACUACUCCAAGGUCGCGUUCUCGCUCAAGCGCACCCGCGUGAAGCUGAAGCCGAACGUGUUCAAGAAGGACAUCGAGUCGCGGCUCCUCAACGUCACCAUUCCGAACGUGCGGGUGACCACCAGCGCGAUACACGCCAUGACGGCGGCCGGGGGCUUCGACAACUACAUCCUGGACACCUCUCCGGAGCACCUGCGGUCGCAGCUGGGUGAGCGGAUGCGGAGCGUCGCGUACUUCUACAAGCAGUUCCCUGACAUUAGGGCGUUGCAGCUGCCGUGGAAGGUCUUCUACUCCGAGCACAGCAGGGCCGACCCCGCCUUCGCCAUAUACAAGCACGCCAUGGCGAAGCAGCGCAGUGAGGAGAAGGCGGAGCGCGAUCGACGGCGGUUCUCGCCCUUCUACCUGCCGCCAUCCCAUGGGCUCAUGCCGGAGCGGCAGAAGUUCCGCACGCCUGGCUCGGGUGACGGCGCGGCUGCCGGCGACCCUACGGACACGUCGGACGUCGAUGCUGGGGCAGGCGCAGCUGCCAGGAAGCUCGACCUGUGGUGGAAACAGGAGGGCCGUGAGGCGGAAUUCCGCCUCCGUCUGGGGCGCGCAACCGGGUUCGACGCGGCGCACGUGGACGUCGACAUGCAGGGAGCGUACCGCAAGGGCGGCGCACGAGGCGGCGGCGGCCCCCACGGCAAGUCCGUCAGGCGCCGCAGCAAGACCUUCCAUCCCAUACACAGACACAUUACGCAUAAAUAG